UAAGCUUUUGAAACACACUUGGAAUUGGAAUGCUGCAAAGAAUACUUGUUUUUAAGGGUGGAACCUGAUUUCCCCUUCUCAGUAAUAAUGGCAUCUUUUCUAACAAACCGCUUUAAGCAAACCAAUACACGCUAAAAAAGUUUCCCCUUUUUUUAUUCACCUUUUCAGAAUCUUCACUUAUCCCUACCCUACGUGAGUAACUAUAAACAUAAAGUGUGAGAAACUCUGAAUCGAAUUCAAAUCGGACCAAAAACAAUGUGGCUUAAGGGUGGUGUUCUCCUGCUUGCAGUAGCUUCCUUUGUUCUUCUUCUUCACCCAGCAGCUUCUCUUAAUCGUAGCAGUUUUCCGCAAGAUUUCAUUUUUGGAACAGCUUCUUCUGCUUACCAGUAUGAAGGUGCAGCACAUGAAGGUGGCAGAGGCCCUAGUAUAUGGGACACUUUCACUCAUAACCACCCAGAUAGAAUAGCAGAUCACAGCAAUGGGGAUGUUGCUGUCGAUUCCUACCACCGCUACAAGGGAGAUGUGGCCAUGAUGAAGGAUAUUGGAUUCAAUGCCUACAGAUUUUCCAUCUCGUGGUCAAGAAUAUUACCGAGUGGAAACUUGAAGGGAGGAAUUAACCGAGAAGGUGUCAACUAUUACAACAAUCUCAUAAAUGAACUUGUAGCAAAUGGACAGCAGCCCUUUAUUACACUAUUUCACUCUGAUCUCCCUCAAGGUCUUGAAAAUGAGUAUGGUGGUUUCUUGAGUCCCAAAAUUGUGGAAGAUUUUGCUUUUUAUGCAGAAGUAUGCUUUAGAGAAUUUGGUGACAGGGUGAAGCACUGGAUUACUUUAAAUGAGCCGGUGUUAUACAGCACCGGUGGUUAUGGAAAUGGUGGAUCCCCACCCACAAGAUGCUCCAAGUGGAUGUCAGCAAGCUGUGCCGCCGGUGAUUCGAGUAUUGAGCCCUACAUUGUUACACACCACCUGAUACUUGCUCAUGCUGCUGCUGUAAAAGUCUACAGAGAGAAGUUCAAGGCUACUCAGAAGGGUCAGAUUGGGGUAACACUAAAUUCUGCAUGGCUUGUGCCAUUAUCUCAAUCUAAAGAAGAUGUAGAAGCAGCAAAUCGGGGUCUUGCUUUUAUGUAUGAUUGGUUCAUGGAACCACUACAUUCUGGUACAUAUCCAGCUGUAAUGGUUAACAGAGUCGGGAACCGAUUGCCCAAGUUUUCUGGAGCACAAUCCUUAAUGGUUAAAGGAUCCUUCGAUUUCAUCGGUUUAAACUAUUACACCUCAACUUAUGCAACCAAUACUCCUUGCCAAAAUGGAAGGCCAAAUGUCUUUACAGAUUCAUGUGUUAGAUUUACAACUCUAAGAAAUGGGCUUCUUAUUGGUCCAAAGGCUGCUUCAGAUUGGCUGUACAUCUAUCCACCAGGAAUUCAAGGUCUUUUGGAGUACACUAAGGAGAAAUUCAACAAUCCAAUCAUUUAUAUAACAGAGAAUGGAGUUGAUGAGGUUAAUGAUGGUAAAAUGUCACUUGAUGACAAAUGGAGAAUAGAUUAUUUCAGUCACCACCUUCUGUAUCUUCAAAGGGCCAUAAGGAAUGGUGUGAGGGUAAAAGGUUACUUUGCAUGGUCUUUGUUGGACAAUUUUGAAUGGACUGCUGGCUACUCUCUUCGUUUUGGACUUGUCUAUGUUGAUUACAAGAAUGGCCUCAGAAGAUAUCGUAAAAGAUCAGCUUUGUGGUUCAAACUAUUUCUUCACCAUUAAAAUGGUAGAAAAUCUAUGUCUUCAAAUUUAAAUUGAGAAUUUGUUCCCUAACUCUAAGGUUAAGGCUUUGAUGAUUUCUGAUGUUUAGCCUAAGAGUGAGGCAUCAUAUUGGAACUUACUUUCCUUAAUUUGUAGCAAUAGGUUACCUAAUCUAUUAUGUUUCUUGCGUCUGCAACUAAA